GCUUUGAACGCAGACACACCCACUAAACUAACCUAACCUUAGUUAACUCCUAACCCUACUUCAUUCAUUCUCGUUCUCCAUUCUCCUCUUCCUACUCUUUAUUUAUACCCCAUUCCCACCUGCACCCAGUUCCAUUCUCUUCUCUUCCACUUCUUCUCCUCAUGUGAAGGAACUCUUGGUUACCACAAUAAUAUUACAACAAUACAAAAAAAUAAAAUAAUAAUCAUGAGUUGUAACGGUUGCCGUGUCCUUCGAAAGGGUUGUAGCGAGUCUUGUAUCUUACGCCCUUGUAUUCAAUGGAUCGAUACCCCUGAAUCACAAGGCUAUGCCACUGUCUUUGUUGCCAAGUUUUUCGGGCGCGCUGACCUCAUGUCUUUCAUUUCCAACGUCCCUCAACCACAAAGACCCGCUUUGUUUCAAUCUCUGUUGUUUGAAGCGUGUGGACGAACGGUUAACCCCGUUAACGGUGCCGUUGGACUUUUAUGGACAGGAAACUGGCACGUCUGUCAAGCGGCAGUUGAAACCGUUCUCCGCGGCGGAACCCUUGGGCCUAUACCUGAGCUUCUCGGUUUAGAUGAGUCCUCCGAAGGGGAAGUCACGUGUAACGACGCGCGGAAGAUCCGAGAUCCGAACUCGAGUUUCCGGUUUACGAGUUCCGGUGGUAAACGCAAGCGAUUGAGUGAAACUGCGAAGAUUCAGACGACGGCGACGACUGAUCUUAAUCUCCGAUUGACGCCGUGUUUUCUUCAGAACGCGUUGACCAACCGGAGGGAGGUUCACCGGCAGGGAUCACCGUCGUUGAAUUCUGAGGAAUCUGUGACGACGACGACGUGGUUGGAUAGUGGAAACGGAGAUGAUUACGUUCACGACGGAGACCGGAAAGUUCUUAACCUUUUUGUUUGAAGGAUAUUUCUUUGAGAUUCGUGUUUUUUGUUUCUGGAUCGUGCUAUUAAGGGCUUGAACGCACGUUAUUUUUGUCUUUUAUUAGUUAUUUCUUUUGCCGGAAAAUAACUCCGGCGAGAUUUUGUAAAACGCCGGCACAUGAUUUUUCUCUGUUCUUUUAUAAACAGGGAAAAAGAUGAAGGUUAGUCGGUGAGGAAUUUUUUUUUUUUUUUUUUCUUUUAAAUCUGUUAAACAUGUUGCUAUGAAGGUGUGACAUGAAUAUUAAAUAAUUAAAUCCUAAAGUAAAAACAUAUUUUCUUUUUAA